ACACGGUGCACGUAUCUUUAAUACCUACAUAUGUCAUCAACGACAUACGGCUACCACGUUUGACGAUUCGAAUUACCUAUAUUUUUUACGCGGAUUACAUUCGUUAAUUUAUGACAAGUGUGACGUGCUCUUUGAUUCUUUGAUGACAAGUAUCGGACGUAUAAUUUCGGAUAAAAUCUAUCAUUCAGAACGCUGUAGAUGAAAAAAGAAUCAUGGACUGUCUCGGGUGCGCUUUUGAAGACACAUCCACUUUAUCAACCAUGUGUCAGUCAAGUCUCAGUUUGAACACGUUAAUGUUUUUGAGCUUAAUCGAAUCCUUAUUCAGAUCACAGUGCUCCAUAGCAGAUCCAUGUCGUCGAGCACAAACUGUCAAGUCACCCGAUGCAAAAGAUUUCGAAGAUAAAUAUCACGAUUUUAUAAUAGUCGGCGGAGGAGUUGCAGGUUCAGUACUGGCAGGAAGAUUGAGCGAGAAUCCAAAUCAUAAGGUUUUAUUACUGGAAGCAGGUCCUGAAGAACCCAUUUCCCCUUCUGUGCCAUUUUUCGCUUUCACUGCCUGGAAUACUUCGCUUGAUUGGAAUUAUCACACGGUUCCUCAGAAAAAUGCCUGUUUAAGUACCGGCGGAAUUUGUAUAUGGCCUCGAGGAAAAAUGUUAUGUGGAACAGCUUGCAUGUCAGGUAUGAUGUACACCCGAGGCAGUCCAGAUAUCUACGAUCACUGGGAAAGAUUAGGAAACAUAGGUUGGAAUUAUCAAGCAUUGUUACACUACUACAAGAAAUCCGAAAACAAUACUCAAUCCCCAGAUAUGAUCGAGCGCCAAUAUCAUGGUUUUGACGGUCCCAUGAAAGUUGGUAACUUUCCACAUCAGCCCAAAAAAGCCAAACUUAUAUUAUCAGCGGUUGAAGAACUCGGAUACAGAAUCGGGGACCUUUGUGGAAAAUACCAAACCGGUUUCACAACGGCUUCGGUGAUGGUGGAAAAUGGGGUACGAGCCAGUCCAAGCAGAAUGUACCUUCGGCCUGCAAUACAUCGCCCAAAUUUACGAGUCUUCAUUGAUUCAUACGCUGUAAAAAUUCAAUUUAACAAAGAAGGCAAUAGAGCCACCGGAGUCCAUUUCAGAGAUAAAUUCGGCAAUAUACGUAAAGUAUACGCUUCCAAAGAAGUUAUCUUAUCCGGAGGUGUAGUCGGAUCUCCCCAACUACUUUUGUUAUCCGGAGUAGGACCGAGGGAAGAUUUAACCAAGUUGAACAUUCCAGUCAUCAAAGAUUUACCAGUCGGCCAAAAUUUACAUCAUCAUUUUGGUAUCGCUGCCACAGCUACGAUGAAAAACGUAGCCGAAGACGACUUCAAUAUUAAAUCACUUUACGAUUAUAUCAAUUGGCGAAACGGACCGUUUUCCAGCACGGGAUUGACUCAGGUUACCGGAUUCUUGGAAACCAGUAAAACUACCAGAAAUAUUCCAGAUAUUCAAGUUUACUUGGAUGGCCAUGGAACAACUUGCGAAAAAUAUGGUUCGGUGCAAGAAAACAUAACCCAUAUAACAUUACGACCGGUUUACCUUUUAUCAAAAUGUCGAGGGUCCAUAAAGCUACGUUCUGCUGAUCCACUAGACUAUCCGGAUAUAGAUCCGAAUUAUGUGUGCGAUCAAGAAGAAGAAGACGCUUUAAUAGAGUCGAUUCGAAUGCUGCAAAAAUUAAUGAAGGCCAAAGCGCUGAAAAAUAAUUUCAUCAAAUUCUCAGCUUACGUCGAAUCCGGCUGCGAAUCACUGCCCAAAGACUCGGACGAAUAUUGGCGAUGCCAAAUACGAAUGUAUACAUUGGGUGAAAAUCACCACGCUGGUACUUGCAAAAUGGGUCCAGCCAAUGACCCAACUAGUGUGUUAGAUCACCAAUUACGAGUUCACGGUAUACCGAAUCUUAGAGUCAUCGAUGCGUCCAUUAUGCCCACGCCAAUCAACUGUAAUACAAUCGCUCCAGUUUUAAUUAUCGGUGAAAAGGGUGCGCAAAUGAUUAAAGAUGCUUGGAAAUGACCGCGUCAGUAAUCCAUUUUAGUUAAUCUCAAUUCGACUGUACCUAUUCUCAUAUCGAGCAUUUGUUGUUGUUGUUGUUUUUGUUGUAAAUACGUUGUUUUUGUCCAUGUACAUUUCUCAAAUAAAUACACGAUCUAUCGAUUGGUAAAACCCUA